AUGCCCGAUGCUGCCACACAGACUGACGCCUGGGACUGGCAAGUCGCCCAAGUCCCGCGCAGCGUUCUCGUGCCAACCGCCCGUUCAGACUCGAACGAGGUUGAUGAGGAGGUGUCGAGCGGUAGAGCUACCGAACCGGUCGCAAGGCGAAGUGGACCCGCUUCUCUCCUGAGCCUCCCGGACGAGCUGCUCGAGCAGAUCUACCAAGAGCUGUACCGCCAGCUGAGCAUCGACAGGAAGUCAUUGUCAUAUAGACGCCAGCGAUUGAUGCCGUCCACCAGCUCUCUUCUUGUCUCCAAACGCAUCUACGACAUCGGACGAGCCAUCUGGUUUUCCGAUUGGUCUGACGUGGACGGACGGACGCGAGCGAUGCUCCUCAUGCACAUUGACAACUACGCGCCCUACGUCAAGUCCUGGUCAAGCUUUGUUUCGGACGCCGGCCUCGACUUCGUCCUCCUCCGACGCUUUGUCAACCUCACCUCCCUCGACCUGACGUUUGAGGACUACGUCAGCUUGUCCAUCAUCUCCAAUCUCCUACCUCGAUUCGGACACCUUGUCUCUCUCCGCAUCGCCUCCGUCGUUCCAGACGACGGGUACGGCCGCAUGCGCCUUGCCGACUAUUCCCUCUUCAAGUACGCGAUCUCUCCCUCUUCGUCCUUUAUGAGGAUGUUGCUCCUGUUCCCUGGCGCUCAGAACCUGGUCAAGCCGCUCAAAACGCUCCUCGAGCAGGAUCCUCACCUCGUCUUUCCGCUCAUCGACUUGAGCAUCCGCUUUCACGAGGUCAGGCGCAACUACAACGCGGGUCGGACUGGAGAGAUCCUCUGCGAGGACUUGAGCAAGGUUGUGGCCAUGGUGUCCUGCUUCCCGGACGCGGUCCGUCUCGUGCUUAGCCAGUCCCGCAGCGUCGACUACGAGUACGACGACUACCCGCUCGACAAGCAAGAUGACCGAGUCGCCCUGCUUCUCCAAGACCUGCGCACGACGCAGAUCGUGCGCCUGAGCGUGUCCAACCCUGACGGCAUUACCCAGUGGUGGAGGACGUCGAGUCAGGAGGAUUUCGUCGUCCAGGAGAAAUAA